AUGGCCCAUAGCGAGACCAUCGAAUUUUAUUCCGACAAUGACACAUACCUCUUCUGGAACAUGGAUGACGUCCCAGUCCCUGUGGAUACAGAUCUUGGUUCUGUUUCUAGUAAUAUCGAACGUGCGCUUUUUCUAAUGGGCUUUGAGGGGUCUCUGACCAUCAUUGUGGAUUGUAAGAAGCUCAAGUACACCGAAGAAGAGUUGUGGAAUGCAGGACAUAUCUCAUACUUACCCUUCUCCGCAAAGGCUUACCGGGAAGGUCUUGUGCAUCCUCCUGUGCAUAUGAGUUAUUAUAUGCUGCUUAUGGCAGAAGAUACUGGACCAAUGCAUGCGAAUGUAGCUGUAAUCACAAAUUCAAAGAGUGAACCAGAUAGUGAGUUACAUAGGGUAAUGCACUGUUUGAAAUCCAGAGGUCACAAUGUUCUCCUAGUAGAGCCUCCAUCUGAUGAUGUUGAUCUCUUUAGUGUUGACUCUCUAUUUAAUAAUUCACGACUUUUGGGUGGAGGAAAGCCUAUAUCCAAAAAAGAGUUAACUAGUGAUGAUCGGCGGCGUGUGUAUUCCUGGGAACUUAAAGAGGAUGAGGAUGAGGAUGAUGAUGUCAGCAAUCUCUCCAGCACGAAGAUGUUAGAUUUCUCCGAGCCUGUCAGAAACAUCAAAGGGGAUAGGACAAUCAUCUUCUGGGAUGCCAUGGGUUGCCCAUUCCCUCUUUCUUUCUCUCCUGAUUUGAUUUAUGAGAAAAUCAAAUCACUUCUUUUGGAAAAAGGUUUUAGUGAUAAUAUUAUAAUCUGGGCUUAUGUCGAUAAGUAUCUGGGUGACAAAACGUGGGAUUCAAGAAUCUACUUUCUUCCCGGAGGGAAUGAAUCCUCGAGACGUAUCAGAAUGGUAAAUGACAUGUAUCUAUUGUCGUGGGACUCUCCUCUGCGCAGUCAUAAAGGAACUUUGAUCCUAGUCUCGGAUCACUUCUUAUGUGACCCCCACUACAAUGAGUUGUUUGGAAACAUGAGGCACAGAUACUACAAUCUCAUCUUGCGAGUUCCUAACUCGAGGGCGAUCAGAAAGAUAUCUGAUGAAUGGCUACGUCCUCUACUUGGUAUAGUAGGUAAACACUUUUACAAUGACUCAUACUUCUUCUGGAACAUGGAUGACUUCCCAGUCCCUGUGGAUACAGAUCUUGGUUCUGUUUCUAGUAAUAUCGAACGUGCGCUUUUUCUAAUGGGCUUUGAGGGGCCUCUGACCAUACUGAAUUGUAAGAAACUCAAGUACACCGAAGAAGAGUUGUUCAAUGCCGGAGAUAUCUUAUACUUACCCUUCUCCGCAGAGGCUUACGGUGAUGUGCAUCCUCCUGUGCAUAUGAGUUAUUAUAUGCUGCUUAUGGUAGAAGAUACUGGACCAAUGCAUGCGAAUGUAGCUUUAAUCACAAAUAUAAAGAGUGAACCAGAUAGUGAGUUAGAUAGGGUAAUGCACUGUUUGAAAAUCAGAGGUCACAAUGUUCUCGUAGUAGAGCCUCCACCUGAUGAUGUUGAUCUCUUUAGUGUUGACUCUCUAUUUAAUAAUUCACGACUUUUGGGUGGAGGAAAGCCUAAAUCCAAACAAGAGUUAACUAGUGAUGAUCGGCGGCGUGUGUAUUCCUGGGAACUUACAGACGAUGAGGAUGAGGAUGAUGAUGAUGAUGUCAGCAAUCUCUCCAGCACGAAGAUGUUAGAUUUCUCAGAGCCUGUCAGAAACAUCAAAGGGGAUAGGACAAUCAUCUUCUGGGAUGCCAUGGAUUGCCCAUUCCCUCUUUCUCUCUCUCCUGAUUUGAUUUAUGAGAAAAUCAAAUCACUUAUUUUGGAAAGAGGAGGUUUUAGUGAUAAUAUUAUAAUCUGGGCUUAUGUCGAUAAGUAUCUGGGUGACAAAACGUGGGAUUCAAGAAUCUACUUUCUUUCUGGAGGGUAUGAAGCCUCGAGACGUAACAGAAUGAUAAAUGACAUGUAUCUAUUGUCGCGGGACGCUCCUCUGCGCAGUCAUAAAGGAACUUUGAUCCUAGUCUCGGAUCACUUCUUAUGUGACCCCCACUACAAGAAGCUGUUUGAAAGCAUGAAGUACAGAAGCUACGAUCUCAUCUUGGCAGUUCCAAGGGCGAUCAGAAAGAUAUCAGACAGCCCUGAUGAAUGGCUACGUUCUAUACUUCUUAAAAUAGGCAGAGUUCCGAGUGAGCAUAGCAACACAUCAGAAAUCCCUGAUGAAUGA